GGUAGCAGUUGGAGAGGGUGAAAUUAACCGAAAGAAAAACAAGAAACCCGUGAAGAAAAAGCGCAACAAAAGAAUCGGACACAUUCAUCUAGCAGUUUGUAGCUAAAACCCAGGCAGCCUUUAAGUCGGGGUCCGAGCGGAGCAUACCCAGCGGCAAGCGCAAAGGUAGUGCUUCAGUGAGCACCUUCAGGUUUCGUCAACUUGGAGCUUAGCGUGUGGACGGACAAAUGAGAGAGUUUUUGCGAGUAAAAAUGGCAUUUUCGUCAUUCCCUCUGUCGAUGCUGAUUGCCCUGUUGCUCUUUGUGGUGUCAACUCAGAGCAAUUCAGUGUAUGAAGAUGAUGACCCCUUACAGCCUGUGACCUCAGAUGAGACAGUGGCAGUGGGCGGGACGGUGAACCUGACAUGCCGCGUGGCUGAGAGUGAUAACUCCUCCCUCCAGUGGUCCAACACUGCACAACAGACUCUUUACUUCGGAGAAAAGAGAGCUCUCAGAGAUUAUCGCAUCCAGUUGCUGAAGUCCACACCCACAGAACUGUCGAUCACCAUUUCUGAAGUGCAGCUGUCAGACGAUGGAGAGUACUUCUGCUCCCUCUUCACCUACCCUGUACGGAUUGCACGAGCAACUGUCACCGUGCUUGGUGUUCCUGGGAAGCCAGUCAUAACAGGUUUUGAGGAUGCCGUGCAGGAAGGUGGGAAAGUUACCCUCACCUGCACCAGCACAGGCAGCAAGCCACCUGCUCAGCUGUACUGGUACAGAGGGCAUGAAAGGCUGGAGGGUCGUCCCAAUGUGGUGGAGUCAAACCCUAAUGAGCCCACGUACACAGUGACAGGUGUGAUCACACUGCCAGUGACCAGGGAUGAUAACAACGUAAUGAUUGGCUGUGCUGUGAACCACCCGUCCAUCACGAAUGGAGAGAAGAGGACAGAAAAGCCCCUCAGCGUACUAUUUUCCCCAAGUGUGACGAUUAGGCCAGGAAGCGACCUGCCCAGAGAGGGAGAAAAGUUUCAUCUGCACUGUUUGGGCAACGGAAACCCUGAGCCUUUGUCAUUUAGGUGGCAGAAGAAAGAUGCAGAGCUCCCCCCGCAGGUAAGAUCAGAGGGUGCGUACCUGCGCUUCGAGUCGCUCAACAAAACCGAUGAUGGGGUUUACCUGUGCCACGCAGACAAUGGCAUUGGAGAGAGAGAAGGAUCAUACACCCUGCGGGUUCAAGAUCCCAUGGCGAUGGCCUCUUCAGGAGGAGACCUUGCUGUCAUUGGUGGAGUGGUGGCUGUCAUUGUCUUCAUCUUGCUUUGCCUCCUUAUUGUUCUGGGCAGAUACCUCAUCAGUCACAAAGGUACGUACCUGACCCACGAAGCAAAGGGUAACAUCGAUGCUCAAGAUGCCGACACGGCCAUCAUCAACACAGAGGGCCUUGAGGACAAAAAGGAGUACUUCAUCUAGAUGUCCCUCCAACACAUCAUCCUUUCUUUCUUCCCUCGCUUCAGUUCCUUUCGGCCGAAGGAAAUAAAAAACAAGUGGACGACUGAAGGAAUGAAAAAACAUGGAACUGAUGAAAGCAGAAAAUCUGAUCAGUUUCAGUCUCUUUUGAAACCGGAAAGUUUUGCAUUGACACCAGGGUUUUAAACAUAAUCACACACACACACACACAUGCACACAUUACAUGCACACAGACAGCUUGCAUACAUCCUAACAUAUUCAUGCCUGCCCUUAUACAUCACAGUUAAAAGGCAAUAUGAUGGCUAAAACAUUUAACCUAACACAUGCAAAAAAAAUCAUAUUCAUAUACAGGACAUGGUGUGACGUACAUCAAACACAUGCGCCAUUAAGACACAAACCUAUAUUCUUCAGAUUCGUUCACCUUCCAUUCAUCUCACAUGCACACAUUAAAGGUAUCGGAACGCCCAACAUGGCAACCCCUUUCCUUUGCCUUAUAUAGCCUACAGCAACAUAUAAGACAGUCCUGAAACAUACCAAACACAUGGCAAUACACACACAAAUACACACACAUACAUGAACAGAGCCAGAUAUAUACAUAAACAUAUUCUACAUACUCAAUACAGUCAUGCAAAACAGCUUGUGUGCUGUCACUCUAUGGAUCCCAAGUACAAAUGUAUAGAAAUAUAAAUAGAUGAUUAUAUAGCAUUGUUUUUACUUGGCUGAAAAGGUUUAGUGUGGUAAAAAUAUACUCUUGAUCAUGCUUUCUCUGUCAUCUUCACUUCCCUGACUUCCACUUUCUCUUGCUGUCUGUGCAUUUCU